AUGGCCCAUCAAGCACACCCAUACCACAUAGUCGACCCCAGCCCAUGACCCCUAACAGGGGCUAUUGCUGCCCUAUUGAUAACAUCUGGCCUUGCUAUCUGAUUCCACUUCCACUCCACAACCCUGAUAACUAUUGGGACAAUCCUUCUCACCUUAACAAUCUUCCAAUGAUGACGGGACGUCGUACGGGAAGGCACAUUUCAAGGACACCACACUCCCCCCGUUCAAAAAGGCCUCCGAUAUGGAAUAAUUUUAUUUAUUACCUCAGAAGUCCUAUUCUUCUUAGGCUUCUUCUGAGCCUUUUACCAUUCAAGCCUAGCACCUACCCCUGAACUAGGCGGCUUCUGACCACCGGCAGGCAUUACUCCCUUAGACCCCUUUGAAGUCCCACUUCUUAACACAGCAGUCCUGCUUGCCUCUGGCGUAACUGUUACCUGAGCACACCACAGCAUUAUAGAGGGUAAACGAAAACAAACUAUUCAAUCUCUUGCUCUUACAAUCUUACUCGGGGGGUACUUCACUUUCCUUCAAGGCCUAGAGUAUCACGAAGCCCCCUUCACCAUUGCAGACGGAGUUUACGGCGCUACAUUCUUUGUUGCCACCGGCUUCCACGGACUACACGUCUUAAUUGGCACGUCAUUCUUAGCCGUUUGUCUAUUACGCCAAAUUCUUCACCAUUUCACAUCAAACCACCACUUUGGGUUUGAAGCAGCCGCAUGAUACUGACACUUCGUAGACGUCGUCUGACUUUUCCUCUAUAUCUCUAUUUACUGAUGAGGAUCUUA